AUGGCAGCAUCUGCGCCUGUUUCUCACCACUCGUUGGAACCUUCAUCGCCGCCGCCGGCGGUUGAUCCUUUCGACGCAAUGAAGGCGGCGCUGCUCGAUGAUGUGGAAGGACAGACAGCUUCGCUUCUGACCAUCAAUUAUGCAGACCUAAUUUCAGAGGAUUCCGACCGCCGGUCCGAAGCUUGCCGGCAACUCCUCGACGCCUGUCAGAAAUGGGGAUUCUUCUUCCUGGUGAAUCACGGCAUAUCGGAGGCGAGAAUGAAUGGAAUGAUCGAAGCAGGGAUGGAAUUCUUCAGAUUGCCCGAAGACGAGAAGAAUCAGUACACCGCCGAUCUCUACGCCAUGGAGUACGGCCGAGACGACGUCGUAUACACUUCCAACAAGAAGUUUUACCUCUGGAGAGAUUCCUUAAGACUCCAUUUGCAGCCCCACCACUUCCAUCUUCCCCAAAAUCCCCAAAUCCUAAGGGAUGCCGUGGUCGAAUACAGCGAGGUAAUAAGGGAAAUGACGAAGAUUCUGAUGAAAGCAGUGUCGGACGCCAUGGAAUUGGAUAAUUUAAAGAUGCAAGAAGCUUUGAAGAUGGACGAGGGUUUUCAGAUUUUCAUUUUGAAUUACUACCCGCCGUGUCCUCACCACCGCGAAAACAUCGGAAUUCCGCCGCACACCGACCUCGGACUUUUCUCCUUCCUCAUAGACAACGGCGUCGCCGGACUGCAGAUCGAGAACGACGGCCGGUGGUUCAACGCUGUAUCUUCCCGACAAGACAAUUCCAUUUUAGUCAAUGUCGCUGACUUUCUUGAGAUUUUCAGCAACGGGAGAUGCAAGAGCGUGAAGCACAGAGCUUCGACUAACGGCGAACGAGAGAGGAUUUCGGUGGUGAUGACGGGUGGGCCGUCGCUGGUGGAUCCGGUGGGGCCGGCAUCGGAGCUGGUGGAGAAGGACGGGCGUGCGUAUUACGCGCCGCGGACGUAUUCUGAGUACUUGGUGACCAAGUACCUCAACAAUCCUAUGCAUUGCGAGUGAUCGGAUCUGGUGCGGGGACGACCACCAGUUUCCUGUGCACCCGCUAAUUAUUCUCCAAUCAGCAUUCGUUUGUCAAAAAA